CCCCAACACAACACAGUUGCUACAACCUAUUAGUUCUUGUGUUUGCCAUUAGUUAUCAGUUAUUUCUGAUAUCUGUGCAAGAUUAUCUUUGAAGUGCAUUGAAGCAAGACCAAUGGAAUCCAACAACGGACAUUGCCAGGUAGAUUUAAUAUUUUCUUCGGACUCGCCACCUAGUGAUCCUAAGAUCCAGCCUGUUUUGAUUGUUGGACAGACAGUUAAUCUUAAUAAAAUUGAGUACAAUAAAGUUCAGCAUAAAUUGGAACCGAGGGUGUCUGAAGAGGUAUUUAUGAGAGGACUUCGUGGGCUUCAUUCAAGAACUGGUGACUCAGUUAUUUCACUAUAUCUGAAUAGUGUAACUAUAGCAAGUCUUCCUGCACGAUGCUCACGUCAUAAUGCACCAGCUCGUCCUCACUCCCUAGCAUCUUUGGUAAAGAAUGUCUCAUCUGGGAAAUCAGAAACAAUAAUUAUUGUAUGUCCCUACGCUGAUGCUCUAGCUUCUGCAUCGGCUGUUGCUCGUUCAUAUCCAUUAUUUUCUAUGAAAUCUCCAAAAUCCCAGAAAAAAGUGGAAGUAAGGGUUGAAUUCAUCAUAGUGGAUUUGGAUGGUAAGCAAUGUGACUAUGACCUUCUUCAGUCAGUGGCAAACGGAGUCCGUAUGACAGCUUGUAUUGUUGACAAGCCUUGCAAUAUGAUGGGUGUCUCACAUUUUUUACAAGAAAUUGAAGCUGUAAGCAAGGAAUAUAAUUUAGAAAUGUCUGUAUUCCGAGGAGAACAGCUUAAAGAGAUGGGUCUAGGAGGAAUUUAUGGAGUGGGCAAGGCCAGUACUGACCAACCAGCGUUAGCUAUCCUGACUUAUAAGCCUUCAUAUUUUUUUCCUGAAACAACUGUUGCAUGGGUUGGAAAAGGAAUUGUCUAUGAUACUGGUGGCCUGUCCCUUAAGACAAAGACUAUGAUGCCUGGAAUGAAACGUGAUUGUGGAGGUGCUGCAGCAAUUCUGGGGGCUAUAUGCGUUGCUGCUAAGUUAGGUAGCAGUGCAUGUAUUCAUGCAGUGUUCUGCCUAGCAGAAAAUUCUGUUGGUUCAAAUGCUACCCGCCCAGAUGAUAUACAUGUCCUGUAUUCUGGAAGAACAGUUGAAAUUAAUAACACUGAUGCUGAAGGACGUUUGGUUCUAGCAGAUGGUGUAGUAUAUGCUGCUCGCAAUCUAAAUGCUGAUGUCAUCAUUGAUAUGGCUACUCUGACUGGUGCUCAAGGAAUAGCAACUGGCAAAUACCAUGGCGCUCUACUCACAAAUUCAGCAACUUGGGAAAAGGAUGCUGUAUCAAUGUCAUUAAUAUCAGGUGACCUACUCUUUCCUCUGGUUUACUCACCUGAGUUGCAUUUUUCAGAAUUUAAUUCUCUUGUAGCAGAUAUGAAGAAUUCGGUUGCGGACCGAGGGAAUGCUCAACCUUCUUGUGCUGGUUUGUUUGUAUUAUCUCAUUUGGGCUUCGACACAUCAUGUGAUUGGCUACAUAUUGAUAUGGCUUCUCCUGUGCAUUUGGGGGAACGUGCUACUGGUUAUGGAGUCGCUUUACUGACAUUGUUAGUAGCCAAAUAUUCUAACAAUAUGAUGCUAAGGAACCUUGUUGAAACUUUGGAAUAGUUUGUUUUUUAAUAUUUUUUUUUGUAAAUAAAAAAAAAGAAGAAAGAAAGUUGAAAUUAAGGCUUUCAAAAAUAUAAGUUUUGUGAUGUUUAAAACAUUGUAUAUUAUUUUACUUUUUCACUGAUAAACUUUGUAAUUUUUUUAGUAGUUGGUUGGGCUGUUCAGUCAUACAAG